GAAAGCGAGGCCGCCGAUGGUGGAGCGGAGGGGCCGAGGGACGAGCAGGGGGUCCCCGGAGAGGCUGAGCUUGCUAAACAACCACAAGAUGAAGAGAUUGUUCCCACAGCUGAUGAAACCGGACUUAACUCUCCAAAGAAAGCGCCGGCGGAGGAAUCAGCGCGUGUCAAUGAGGUGCCUGUCGCAGUCACCAGCAAGAGUAUUGCUCCCAUAGUCACCAGGGAUUCAGUGCAACAACCUUCAGUUAGUAAAAUAGUUGUGGGCAAUAGGGCGUUGGAUGAAACCAAGAGCGAACUUGAUGGUGUUAAUAAUGGCGGAGCGAAAGACGGGAUGUUUAACAAACAUGAACAUAAAAAGCCCGUGCUGAGCGGUAAAGCAAAUAUCACCGACAAGUUUACAGACAUUGAAGUCGGUGAAAAGGAGAUGAACGGCUCAACUGGUAUAAAGCGGAUUAGUUCCUCGUUACAAGACACUGCGGUGAAAGUAGCUCUUAAGGUCCAUCAAACAAAAGACCCCCAGACAAACAGUACUGUGAAGCGUGGGGCAGCUGAUGCUCUGGAACCCAGACCAGGGAUGCACCGUGUUUUAACGCUGGACAUGACGUUGUCUCCACGGGACCCCAAAGCCGUUGGCCAGUUUGGGCGGGCGGCAAAAGUGCCCAAGGAACAGGAGCAGGUGGCAAAGGCAAAAUGGGCAGAAGGACAUUUCAAUGUGCACCUCAGUGAGCUGAUCCCUCUGGACAGAGCUCUCCCUGAUACCAGACCUGCUGGAUGCGCAAACCAGCUGGUCCACAGCCAACUGCCAACAACCAGCAUCAUCAUGUGCUUUGUGGACGAGGUGUGGUCCACACUCCUGAGGUCAGUCCACAGCAUUCUGAACCGAUCACCAUCACAUCUCAUCACAGAGAUCAUCCUAGUGGACGACUUCAGCACCAAAGAAUACCUGAAAGAGAAUUUAGACGUGUAUAUGUCACAGUUCCCUAAGGUUCGUAUUAUUCACCUGAACCGGCAUGGCUUAAUCCAGGCUAGACUUGCAGGUGCAGAUGUGGCUACAGGUGACGUGCUGACGUUUCUGGAUUCUCAUGUUGAAUGCAAUGUUGGUUGGCUGGAGCCACUCCUAGAAAGGAUCCAUUUGAAAAGAACAACAGUAUCUUGUCCUGUUAUCGAAGUGAUCAGCGAUGAGGACAUGAGUUACAUGGGCGUAUACAAUUUUCUACGAGGAAUAUUUACAUGGCCCAUGAAUUUUGGGUGGAAGCAAAUACCAAGUGAAAUCGUUACAAAAUACAAUCUAAAAGAAAUUGACCCAAUAAGGUGUCCAGUCAUGGCAGGAGGAUUGUUUUCCAUUGACAAGAAAUACUUUUAUGAACUUGGAGCCUAUGAUCCAGGAUUAGAAGUUUGGGGUGGAGAAAACAUGGAGUUGUCCUUUAAGGUUUGGAUGUGCGGAGGAGAGAUUGAGAUCAUCCCAUGCUCAAGAGUGGGUCACAUUUUCCGUGAUGGAAACCCGUACACUUUCCCAAAGGACAGGAUUAAGACAGUGGAACGGAACCUGGCUCGUGUGGCUGAGGUCUGGUUAGAUGAAUACAUUGAUGUUUUCUAUGGCCACGGUUAUCACCACCUACUUAACGGGAAUAAUGUGGAAUUCAACAUCGGAGAUCUAACACAGCAGAAGGAACUUCGGAAGAAGCUGCAAUGUAAAAGCUUCCAAUGGUAUUUAGAAAAUGUCUACCCUGACCUACAGGCGCCUCUGGUCAGAGCGAAUGGCUUGCUUUUCAAUGUUGGAAUACGAAAGUGCCUUGCUGUUGAGAAUGGAACCAUAUCGUUCGAAUUGUGUAAUGUUAAGAAACAGAGCCAGAACUUUAGCCACACAUGGUUAAGCUUGAUUAAGCAGAUGGAUUUGUGUUUGAGUUUAUUGAACAAAGUACGACAAGUAGGACUGAAACCCUGUGAUAAAAAAGAGGAUAAUCAGAGGUGGCUCCACCAAUCCCUUGUAGCUGAACCAGCACUGGUAAGUGCCUGCAUAUCUUCCAAACUGAGUCAUUCAGCACAUGAUGGUGUUCUGGUAUUCUCUGUCAUCUGCAAUAGAAUCGAAAAGGAUUAAAUAUUAAUGUCUGCUGUGUAAACACUUCACACUACUGCAAAUAUUUACUUUGGCCGUCAACAAGAGAACCACAGCAAGUUGGAGGAUAUUAAUGCGGUCGAACAUAUACUGUGGGAGAUUUCUCAG